AUCUAAAGUCAGUGGACAUCAAACUGUUCAGAUCCAUCAUGGAUCAAACAUCUGGAGAUGAAGAUUUGUUUCCAGGAUUCAGUUCAGUUCAUCAGAAGAGAUCAGAAGCAGAGUCCAGCUGUGUGUCUGUGAAGAGUGACACAUCUAUGAUUGAUCCAUUAAACUUUAAGAGCGGAGAUUCACAGCCUGGAAUCAGAGAUAUCCGACUGGAGUAUCUGAUUGGCGACCUGCAGCAGAAUUCUCGACAACUAAAAUAUGAUGAACUACAGAGAGUCAAAGACCAGCACAAAGCCAUCAUGAAGAAAAAGAAUGAGAGAUUAUUUGAGGGACACAACCUACAAAAGAAUGAUACCCUCCUAAAAAGGAUCUAUACGCAACUGUACAUCAUAGAUGGAGAGAGAGAAGGAGUAAAUGAAGAACAUGAGGUUUUACAGAUGGAGAAAACAGCCAGUACAAAACACUCACAGGACACUCCAAUCGACUGCAAUGACAUAUUUAAAGCUUUACCUAAACCAAGAUGUGAGGAGAAAGAGCAGAUCAAGACUGUUCUUACUAAAGGCAUCGCUGGAAUAGGUAAAACCGUUUCUAUGCAGAAGUUCAUUCUGGACUGGGCCGAGGGAAAAGCCAAUCAGGAUGUAGAUUUCAUGUUUGUGCUUUCAUUUCGAGAGCUGAACUUGAUCCCAGAUCAUCAGUACAGUCUUCACAGACUUCUGCUGGACUUUCAUCCUGAACUUCAAGAUCUGGACUCACAGAUUUACAACCCAAAUUCCGGAAAAGAGUGUAAAGUUGUGUUCAUCUUUGAUGGUCUGGAUGAAAGCAGAAUCACACUGAUGUUUUCAGACGCUCAGAAAGUUUGUGAUGUGACUGAGACUUCAUCAGUGGCUGUGUUGAUGUCAAAGCUCAUGAAAGGAGAGCUGCUUCCCUCUGCUCUCAUCUGGAUCACCUCCAGACCAGCAGCAGCCAAUCAGAUCCCCUCCAAAUACAUCCACCGUCUGACAGAAAUUCAGGGAUUCACUGAGCCUCAGAAGGAGGAAUAUUUCAGGAAGAGAAUCAGUGAUGAGCAUCAAGCCAGCAGAAUCAUCUCACACAUCAGAAGAGCAAGAAGCCUCCACAUCAUGUGCCACAUCCCCGUCUUCUGCUGGAUCUCAUCCACUGUGCUUCAGAAGCUCCUGGAAGAAGAUCUGAGAGCAGAAAUCCCUCAAACUCUGACUGAAAUGUACAUCCACUUCCUGCUGAUUCAGAUCAACACGAGAAACAUGAAGUAUGAAGAAAGAGAUCCAGAGAAACUCCUGCAGUCCAACAGACAACUGAUUGUGAAACUUGCUGAAGUGGCUUUCAAACAGCUGAUAAAGGGCAAUAUGAUGUUCUAUGAGGAGGACCUGAUUGAGAGCAGCAUAGACGUCACUGAUGGCUCACUAUAUUCUGGGAUGUGCACUGAGAUCUUUAAGCAGGAAUCUGUGAUUCAUCAGAGGAAAGUCUACAGCUUCAUUCAUCUGAGCGUUCAGGAGUUUCUUGCUGCUUUCUAUGUGUUUUACUGCUAUUUAACAAAGAACAAGGAACCACUGCAGUUUCUGGUUGAACAAACACAUAACUAUGGAUCUGACUAUCGAUAUGGUAACCAUAUGUCUGAUGAACUCUAUCUGUUUGAUCUACUAAUCUCAGCAAUACAUAAAGCCAUUGGGAGUGAGAAUGGACAGCUGGAUCUGUUCCUGCGGUUCCUGCUGGGCGUCUCACUGGAGUCCAAUCAGAGACUCUUACAGGAUCUACUGACACACACAGAGAACAGCUCAGAGACCAUCAGAGAAACCACACAGUUCAUUAAAGAGAAGAUCAAAGAUGGAUAUGGAUUCUCCACUGAAAGAUCCAUAAAUUUGUACCUCUGCCUGUUGGAAGUAAAAGAUCAGACUCUGUCCAGAGAGAUUCAGGAGUUUGUGAAAUCAGGCAAAUACAUAGAGAAAAAACUCUCUCUUGCUCAGUGCUCAACAAUCGCCUACAUGCUUCAGAUGUCAGAGGAGCCACUUGAUGAACUGAACACCAUGAAAUGCAACACAUCAGAUGAGGGGAAAAGAAGACUGAUACCAGCUGUGAUCAACUGCAAGAAAGCUCUGUGAGUUUUAAUCCUUAAAA